AAGGACUUAAGAUCAGCUGACAGUAGGACUGUGACUGGUAGGGUGGACAGGCAAAGUGACUGCCUGGAGAGUGGGCAGGUGGCCCAGCAGGGCCCAGAGGGUGCCUUCCCAGAAGUAAGGAGUCCAGUCUGGGGCUGGCCACUCAGGAUGGACACAAUGUACCAGAAGUGAGGUGGAUCUCUGCAGAGUCCCUGGGGUCCUCAUCCAGUCUGAAGAACACAGCACCAGCAGCCUUAGAUCUAUGAGGUCAGACUCUGCAUCUUAUCCUAGCACCUUGGGGACCUGGGGAGGCUGGACCACCCUGGGCCUGGCGGGGGUGGGGUGCAUGAGUCUCGGCUCUGCAGUAUUCACCACCCCACACCUGAGGGCACCUGCCCUCUGCAGCACGGUGGGUCAUUCUCAUGAGGUCUAUAAAGAUGUCCAUUAUCAAGUGACCAUGGUAGCCAGGCCACAAGGUUCACAUUGAUGUUGCCUCAUUGCAUUCUCAUUUCCACACUGAAGGGGAAAACAGAUUCAGAGGAGUGGGCCCACUGUCCUGAUGAGUGCUGCCUGUUUGCUCCCACCCUCCCUACAACCGGCACCCCCCCAUGCCCCUCACUCAAGACCAGGGAGAAGCCCACCUAGCCCCUCCUGCAACCACACAGACCCCAGUGGGAGCCCCAAGGCUGCUACUCUGCACAGGAUGGAGAGCAGGGGUAAAGGCCAUUAGGUGGUGGCAGUCGGCCGUGCCCCUCACCAGAGGCAGAGGUCUGACCCCCUGACCAGGCCAGCUUCAGGGCAUGUGUCCUUUCAUGAGCUGUGACUGACCACAGUCCAAGGGCCCACUGUGGGGAGUCCUCAGCAUAUCUGGACAGAAACGCCCCGGAAUUGGGGUAAGAAGAGCCUUUACAGUCAGGCAGUGAAGAAACACAGCUGCUGGGCACCUGCUAUGUGCAUGCCUCAGGGAUGGGAGUAGAGGGCAGGCCCAGCCCUGGGACCUGGGUCAGGUGGCUGGGCCCUUGGGAUCCCGAGUUGGAGGGAUACCCCCUUGGAGGCAGAGAUGGGCAUCAGAGACAGGGCGGCCCCAGGUGGUCCUGGAGUCGCCUCGUAAAGGUUACGUCUAUGCAUGCUGCAGGCAGAGACACAGUCACAGUAGUUGCUACCUCUGGAAAGUCCCAGUUCUGCUCAUGAGCCUAGAUCUAAGAGGCUGGGACAGGCAGAGGGGUAUGAAGGGGUCAUGGGCAGGCAGACUGUUCACACUGGCUGCCAGGGUGGCCGAGUACAGUGAGCUGGGGCACUCACUACUGUGCCAACCCCACGCACGGAUGAGGACCCCGGGUCGAAGGCCCACGUCCUCAAUCCCACGCAAUAGCUCAGGCCCUGUGAGAGGGUUCGCUGUCUGCUCCCAGCCAGGGCUGAGCUGUUCAGAGGCCCUACCUGUUCAGAGGCAGCUGGGGGAAGGGACAGAAGUUGGGGGGCAGGGGAUUGUGUGCUGGCGGGAAUCAUCUCCUUCAUCUCAUGGCUUAAUCUUCCAUCCCUCCUUUCAACCCGGUUUCUGGCCCUCGGAGAGGUCGGCCAGUUCAAGAGGCACCCCUGAGAACCAGGUCUGCAGACACGAGGGCCUCGUGACGUAUGCCCUGAGGGCAGGGGGCUGCAACCCCUCGCGCGGGCUCCCCGGCCGUGGAGGACACAAGGACAAACACCAAGGGUCCCCGACCUACCGACCCCCUCCUCCCGGAUACCGCGCGUAGCCUGUAGGCUACCUCCGCGCUCCACCCAGAGACGGGUCACGCUGCUCCCGCCGCCGCAACCCCGGGCCCUCGUGCCGGCGGUCUCCCCUCUUCCGCGGGCGAGAUUACUGCAUAGCAGAGUUAAAAGUGUUGGCCCGCUGCGCGCGGCCUCUUCCUGUCUGUGCCAGGGCGGCGCGUGGUCUACGCCGAGCGACAGAGACGCUCAGGCUGUGUUCUCAGGAUGACCGAGUGGGAGACAGCAGCACCAGCGGUGGCAGAGACCCCAGACAUCAAGCUUUUUGGGAAGUGGAGCACCGAUGAUGUGCAGAUCAAUGAUAUUUCCCUGCAGGAUUACAUUGCAGUGAAGGAGAAGUAUGCCAAGUACCUGCCUCACAGUGCAGGGCGGUAUGCCGCCAAACGCUUCCGCAAAGCUCAGUGUCCCAUUGUGGAGCGCCUGACUAACUCCAUGAUGAUGCACGGCCGCAACAACGGCAAGAAGCUCAUGACUGUGCGCAUCGUCAAGCAUGCCUUCGAGAUCAUACACCUGCUCACAGGCGAGAACCCUCUGCAGGUCCUGGUGAAUGCCAUCAUCAACAGUGGUCCCCGGGAGGACUCCACACGCAUUGGGCGCGCCGGGACUGUGAGACGACAGGCUGUGGAUGUGUCCCCACUGCGCCGUGUGAACCAGGCCAUCUGGCUGCUGUGCACAGGCGCUCGUGAGGCUGCCUUCCGGAACAUUAAGACCAUUGCUGAGUGCCUGGCAGAUGAGCUCAUCAAUGCUGCCAAGGGCUCCUCCAACUCUUAUGCCAUUAAGAAGAAGGACGAGCUGGAGCGUGUGGCCAAGUCCAACCGCUGAUUUUCCCAGCUGCUGCCCAAUAAACCUGUCUGCCCUUUGGGGCAGCCCCACC